CAGGGGUGAAACGGCGCGCGACGGCGCGCGGUAUGAGGCGCUAGGGGCAGCCCCGACGGCACGAUGAGAACGCUCUUAGCGGCGCUGGCCGUCCGCGCGGCCGCCGCCGCCUGGUCCGACGGCGCGGUAGCACCGCAGGACUGCGACGCGCUGUCCGGCGUGCCGCUCCAAGUCCUCAUGUACGGCAACAACGACGCCUACACGCUGCGAAAGUUGGACCAGGGCGAGUGGGAGAAGCUCUUCAAGAUCAACUGGUUCGACGGUCAUAUUAAUGCCGCCGCCGUCUUCGUAGACGAUAAUAAUGAUGUGUACUUCUUCGCGUCGUUCGGGGGCUAUCUGUGUCGCUUCGACGAGGACCAGAAGGUUUGUUUCGACGGGCAGCUGAAAUACUCGUCGCCCAAUGCGGGGGUGAUCGUCGGGGCCACGUUUUACUAUAGCAAGAAUCUCGGCCGGGACGGCGGCGAGACGAUCCACUUCGUGACGGACAUCGGUUCGGAUUCACCGACACAAGUCACGUCGGACAAAGUCGCCUUCUCAUCCACCUUAUUCGAAGGGGCAGUUUUGGAUUUCGCUGCUGUUGAUGAGGCCGAUGGUGUCUCGUACGUCGAGGACGGCGACGACGAUCUCGCUUACUUGCUGGGACUGGGGGCGGACUUCGAGGUCGUCGUGAUCCGAUUGGAUAACGACGGCCACCCGGACGCCUAUGCUGUUCUAGAAGGUACUGUAGAGUGGGGUGCCGGGGAGGAAGGCGAGUCCGGCGGCUUCGGCGCGGCCUACAUGUUCAAGUCCGAUGGUGAUGAUGCUGUUACUUCAGUGUUCUUUUCCUCAAAUGGUGGGAAGGGGACCUUUGGGCUGGACCUCGGGUUUGCCGUCGACGACGACUGCUGGAACGAAGGUACUGAUGUUUCCGGUCAUACGACAUGUACCACAUCACAACCAAUCGUGCGCUACGAGGCCGCGUCCGAGGAGUCGUCGUCGAAUGAUGGGUUAAAUUGCCCCUUUGGCGUGCUCGGCACCGACGCGCCCACGGCGCUCCCGACGACGUCCUCCCCAAGUUACGCCCCCACCGUCGAGAAGACGGAGGAGCCCACGCCGCGGCCGACGCACGAUCCUACCAAGGCCCCCAAGCCGCGGCCGACGGCGGCGCCCACUUAUCAGCCUUCUGUGGACCCGACGAUCGAGCCUACCGAAAUGCCGACGUACGAGCCCUCCAAGGCGCCAACACCCAAGCCGUCGCCGGCGCCCACCUCGAGGCCCUCGGCAAAUCCGUCUUACGCUCCAAGUAUCGACCCCACAUUUGAGCCCACGCACGAGCCCAGCUAUGAGCCGACCGUCUCGCCGACGCCGAGGCCGUCCGAUGCGCCGAGCUAUUCCCCAACCGUGGACCCGACCUUCGAGCCGACGGUCUACCCCACGUACGAGCCCUCGACGUCACCGACGCCGAAGCCGUCACCGGCGCCCACGUCGCGCCCCUCGCCGGAGCCCUCGUACGCCCCCACUGUGGACCCCACGUUCGAACCGACGGUCUACCCCACGUACGAGCCGUCGACGUCGCCGACGCCGAGGCCGUCCGAUGCGCCGAGCUAUUCCCCGACGGUCGACCCGACGUUCGAACCCACCCAUUUGCCAACAUACGAACCCUCGGCCGGGCCGAGCCCGCGGCCGACGCCCCAACCGUCGUCAAAACCAACAGCGGCGCCGUCCUACGCGCCUUCCGUGGAUCCGACCUUCGAGCCCACGCUCGCUCCCACCUACGAGCCGACCCUCAAGCCCUCGGACCGCCCGACCGUCGCGCCAAGCUAUGGGCCCUCCGCGCCGCCCUCGAUCGGCCCUUCCGCGGAGCCAACCUACGCCCCUACCUUCUCGGAGACGCACGAGCCUACAUUAAAGCCUUCGAUGGAGCCGUCGGCCGCGCCGUCCUGGCAGCCCUUCAUUAUUGAUAGUGUCAACUGCGACCCAAACAAGGCAGCACCUUUACAAGUUCUAAGGUGGGAGGACGCCGACGAAUACAGUCUGAGAAGUUGGGACUUCCAGACGGGCGAGUACAAGAAAGAGUACAAUAUCGACUACUUUGAUGGGCACAUCAACGCCGUGGCCAUGUGGGAACGCGCGGACGGGAACAACUACGCCAUUGGCUCAUUUGGGGGCAACCUGUCGUGGUUCUCGAAGAAGAAGCGCAUCGACAUUGGAAGCUUAGUCUACGACACGCCGAAUGCUGGUACGGUCAUUGGAAAUGAUUACUACUACGCCCGUUCCCCGGGCAAGGACGAGAGGAACUGCGGCAUUUAUUUCGUCGAGGACAUUGCUGGGGAGCCUAGAUUCGAAACGACCUCCAAUCUAUGUAUUUCGAAAUCAGUCUUCGAGGGUGCCGUGCUAGAUUUCGUGGCCGCGAACGAAGACGACGCGGAUAGGUACGGUACUUCAUCAACGUAUGUGGACGACAACGAAGCGGAAGGUCUAUAUUUGUUCGGGCUGGGCGAGCAGCACGAGGUGCUCAUCGUCAAGUUAGUAGACAAAAUGCCACAAGCGUACGCAGUCGUCUCCAGCGUCAUCGACUGGCGGAGCAAGGAGGACGACGACGAGCCUUCGGACGACUCGGGGUAUGGUGCUGGGUAUAGCUUCUUGGGGCCGACCGAGCAGCGCUUCUUCUUCACAUCGAACAAAGGAUUUGGCAUGUUUGAGCUCCAGAUGCCCAUCACUGUACCAGACGAUUGCUGGAACACCGGUACAAAUACCGAUGAUCAUAAGGAAUGCAAGGAUGCGCCGGCGGCGACGCUGACGUGGAUGGGCGCCUCCGCAGUCACAAACUACAACGACGGCUUGAACUGCCCCGUGACGACUGUGUUUGGCAGUGCAUAAAUCAAAUUGUCGCGACAUCACUCACUGGUUGAUUUGCGCACAGGUGUUCGGGCACAUCUCCUAUGCGCCGACCUACGUCCCGUCGCCGAUGCCGUCCAAAUCGGACCGACGGCUCACCGAUUCGUCGGCGUCGGACCGACGGAUACGGCGGAGUCUGCGGCGGGGGAAUUGGCGGGGACUUUGGCGGGGGUUCUAAGUGUAAUUCGAUGACAUGAG